CCAUGCCAAAAGUAUGAGGGUAUGCCAGCUGUGGUAUGCGUCACAGCAAAAGUGAAAGGAUGUCUGUUGCUUGGAUCUUUGAACACAGUGAGUUUCAGUCCGCGAGUGAACACUCUCCACACAUCUCGGAGAAUGGGGAUCCUUUCUACUCUGCUCUGUUUACUGCUUACUGUACACUCAGUAAAUGCACUGAUGUGUUAUGUGUGCGGAUCCGUAACAUCUAAUGACGAGUGUAACAAAAACUCUCAGGAAUGUCAAGCUCCAUUCGACACCUGUAUGACCACCGUAGUCACACUAGGAAGUGUUAAAGGCAUUGCGAAGUAUUGCUCCAUUUCAAAAAUCUGUGCAGCUGGUGCAUCCACUGCCUCCCUAGACAGCAAUGGAAAUGGCGCUCAGGUCUCAUGCUGUAGUGGUCGUCUGUGCAACUACAGUGGAGCUGCUACUGUUAAACUGCACACAUGGCUGUUGGCCCUUCCACUGCUUAUCACUCUCCUCAUCAAACAGCACAUCUGAAAGUGGAAUGGAUUAAACCACAUCCUGGAUUAAAUAACUGCUCUUAGUGACUGUCUUUAUAUACAUACUACUGACUUUAAUCACCAUAUAUGCAAGUUCAUUUCCCCUGCUUUAGUACCUCAUUGGUAUAAGCCAGAUGGCUCUUUUUUUUUAGGAAAAUAUAAAUAAGGUUUACACACCUUUUGAACAAUUUAUUUACAUUAUUUUGCCAUGGCUUUUUCAGUGUAAGGAUUUUGAGUCUUCAUCACAGGGCUCAUCACAAAAUCACAAUAGAAAUGUCCUUGAUUAUGCAAUGACAUUUGUAGGCCUGGUAAUUUGUUUUCAAAUCCACUGUUAUAUCCAUGACUGAGAGAAUAGUUAAAAAAGGCCAUUAAAUUGAUCAAAAGCAAGAAUAAAAGAAAAAUACAACACAACAUAAGGUGCAAAUUCCAGACCUCUGGGAUUGAGCCAGCAAAUGUUAAUAUUUAUAUAAAACUUUAAGGAUUACAUUUCAUAUUAGCAAUACUUGCACAAAAUCAUGGCCUAUGUGUAGUAAAGAAUGUCUGUGAUGAAGUGUGCGCAUCAAGUGAGUCGCAUUUGAAUGUGGGCCCUUGAUAAUUUAUAUUUAACAUGGUUUUUGUUUUUUAGCAGUCUUUUUCAUUUGAUUUAAUGUUACUUAAUUUCACAACUUUAUAAAUAUAUCUGCUGUUCUAAUAUAUACAAUUGUAAAUUUGGAUACAUGCCAUCUUAAAUGGAUGGCAAAACUUUUUUUGCAAACAUACAAAUGAAAACAUUCACUGUUGACUUUCUAAUUAAAACCAGUAACCA